AGCUGGUCUAGAAAUCGCGUCUGAGCGAUUCCAGUUCUCUAGAGAACAAUGUCUCUGGACGUCCUGGUGAAGGAGGGAAUAUCCCUCCCCCUGGUUGAGAAGUCGGGGAUCCAGUCGACUAUGGUGGUGUGCAGCUUCCAGGGUUACAGCAUCAAGAGUAAAGUCUUUGACAACGAUCUUAAUCCUAAAUGGAAUGAGUUAUUCACAUUUCCUUUGGGUAAACGUGGCAUAACCCAAGACGACUGUGUUGAAAUAGUUGUCUACACCUUCCGUACAGAUGCUCGUGGCAAGGUUAUUGGACACGGCAAAUUCCCUGCUAUUUCUCUUCUGAACCAUCCCGAGCAAGCUAAGCAAAUAAAACUGAAGGACACGUCGGGUGUAGAGAACGGGGGAAGUGCAAUACUUGUAUUUCACGCUAAACCUGUCGAUUCCAUAAUGGAAACUAAAGGGGACAGAUUAGCCCAGCCGAUGAACCACGCGGAUCUCUCAGUGGUAAAGGACGUGUAUCAGAUCCGGUUCCUAAUCCACGAAGCUAGACAGCUUACCCACACUCCCUGUGAUCCUGUGGUUGUGCUCACCAUCGGUAAAGAUACUAAGAGCACGCAGAUCUGCGAGGAUAGCAUAGACCCUGUCUAUAACGAGGCGAUAUCAUUCGUAACAUACAGCUCACCCUUUGAGAUAGCAAAAGAUGUAGUGCAUUUAAGAGUACUGAACACUUUGAGGCUAGAUGACGCUUCUUUAGUGGGGGAAUUUAAGUUUGUGAUGAUGACGGCGUUCCAAAGUGACCCUAUUGGAUGGGACGAACCAGGGUACCUCUCAAAUGACGCUUGUAGAACCAUGUUCCGCAAGUGGCUAAUCAUCACACACCCUACUGAAUCACCUAAAAAUAUCAAGGGGUUUGUGAACCUGUCCAUGAGCAUAAUGGCAUCGGGACAAAAACUGUUGGCACCUCCCCAAGUUGAACCUCUCCUGCUCAACGUAUUCUCGAACGUGAUGAGGCCCAGUGAGGUGAACGCUCAAUACCAGAGACUAGUAGUUAGAAUACUACACUGCGAGGAUGUCGCUCCCAUGUCUGCAGAUGAUGCUGUCUCAGAAAACGAGACUCUACAGCGGCUAGCUUUGUCGGACCCUUACGUUGCUGUGAGCUAUAGCGGUGUGGAAGGACUGACUGACCUCAUGUACGCGGAGUACAACCCUGUUUUCUUCCAGGACAUCAUCUACAAUAUAGAGGUCCCUACUGUGACCGAUACCCUGAUAAUCCGUCUAGUGGACCGAGACUUGGAUGGAGACGACGACAUAAUCGCCACCUACUUCCUCAAGUUAUCCUCCAUCUCCUACUCCUCUCAAGACGACAUUGGGUUCGACCCCACAUUCGGUCCUUGCUUCAUCAACUUCAGUGGAGCUCCCAGAGAAAUAACAGAGUAUAACGAGCAACUCCAGUACCUCAACGAUGGAUGGGUGCCUGGCAUAGGUUUCCGAGGCAGGAUGUUUAUGGAGAUAUUCACGAAACCCAGUUACUCAGUGGGAGUGACGUGUAGAGUGCAGCCCAGUGCCCCUGAUGCCAAAGCCAAGAGUGAGAGAUACUUGAACAGGACCAAGUUUGUCAUUGCUGCGUGUUGUUUGGAGGCCACUAUGAUCGAGAAGGCGGACAGUGUGGUAACGUUUGAGGUGUCUUGCGGGGAGUUUGGUAAUGCAAAUAGCAUGUCGGUAGACAGAACCAACUCCAACACACAGCCCACCCAACCCCUGUUCGACAGUACCCGGUACUACUAUCUAAACUGGGAUGCAGGAGCCCCAGCUGCUCUGGUCGUCUGUGAGUGGGAGGAUGUCAUCUUCAGGCUCGAGACUCUUAAUCUGCUUCAGAGAAUAUAUGACAAGUUUGAAGCUGACAUUGCAGAUGUGGACGACGCGAUUCAGCUGGAGCUAACAGACAGGACCAUCAAGAGCAAGAUGAAGAACUCUUUAAAAACCCUGAUAGACAACCUCAAGUUAGAUCUGCCCGAGCUACCAGAUCAUUGUAACGAGCUGGAUAAGAGACUCAAGGCUCUCAGGAGAUUUAGGAUGGAUGAGUUAAUUGUUAAGUUAGGGAGGAUGAUCAAAGAUGUGAACCCUUCUAGAGACUUUUACAAUGAAAUGCUUCUUGCUUUGGAGAAAGUUGGUGUUAUUUGCGAGGAGCCCCAAACUGACAUUCCUGACGUCGUUAUAUGGAUGAUAAUGAAAAAUAUUAAGAUCGGAUACUACAAGGCUCCCAUACAUUGGUUCCUUGAGUCUAAUGUGGCUAAAGGGAAAUUCAGCGGCUCAACCAGACACAUCCCCUUCCAGUACGUCGGAGGGGACGGUUCCUCCAUUGCUACUCUCAUGAAGUGUUACAUUUGGUUUGGUUCCCUAGACCAGUACUACAAGUGGCGGGUACCUUACGGUGGCACCUACACUGCCUUUGCAGAAACCUAUGAGAAUCAAGCAGUUAUGGGUGCAGGUAACUGGACGAGUAAGGGCCUCCAGAGACCUGGAUUCUCUGAUGUAAAUGGUCUGCUAGCUCUCCCCAAGAUAAACUUCGAACCUCCCAAUGGCUGGUUCUGGGUCAGUGAAUGGGCUGUCACUCCAGACUUCAGUUCCAUCGUGGGUGAAGAUUUUGGUCUGAACUCUUACACAGACGAAGUGUUCGAGGUACAGACUAUUGAGAUCGGGGACGACUGGUCUAAUCCUUUACUCUUCUGGAUGAAUUCGAGAAUGGAGCUGACAAUACCGCGAGAUGAAGUUGAGAACCCUGAGGGAUGGGAGGUAACAGUAGACUGGCAUGUGGACACCAUGUCACCUGGGGACGUGGAAGGAUACCAAUACGCAUUGGACCCCGACUCUAGCGAUUACUGUUCAAGUGCCAAGUCAUAUCACCUGUGUCGGAGAAGACUAUGGCUACGGAGCAGAGUGAAAGUUGGUGCUAGUAGAGUUCUGACUAUACAAGAGAGUGUUGAGAAGACAGGUGGCUGGGAGUACGCUAAAAUGUUCACAACUAAGUUCCACAGCGGAGAGAUGGGCUCAGAUAUCGUCAGGAGAAGACGAUACCGCCGCCAGCUCGACUCUUUCAAGUUUGGACCGAUCACUUUCACAAUGGUGUUGAAUAACCAGAAGGUCAAGGUUCCAGCGCAAAUUCUGAUAAAUUUCCCGGAUAAACACUUCUUUGAAGUGAGGACUCAUGUUUAUUCCGGUAGAGCCCUCAGUAGUCCUGAUGUCAGCGGCUAUUGCAACACGUUUUGCUGUGUAAGUGUAGCUAGACAGACCCAGAAUACGGUGACGAUCUGGCAGCAACUCUCCCCGUGCUGGGACCAAACCAUGGUCUUCAAGGACAUCUCUAUUGUUGGAAAAAUCAGGGAAAUCAAGCAAGCUCUACCACAGGUCACUAUCAACGUCUACCAUCGUGGUCCCCUGGGUGAUGAGCAUCUAGGAACAGUAACGGGAAUGCCACAUGAGUCUUUCGGAAAGCCUUACGAUCCUGUCAAGUUGAAGUGGAUACCUAUUGUCAAGAAUGGUGAAAAUGCUGGUGAUGUUCUAGCUGCUUUCGAAAUAUUCUGGACUAGCAAACCUGAGCCAGUAGCGGAGGAACAAAAGAAGACCAAAAAGAAAGGCCAGACGGAUACUGAUAUAUCAGAAGAGCCUGAAGAUAUACCCUUCGAUCCACCCAGACACCCGAGUGGUAACGGAUAUCAAGUGCCGCCAGGCAUCAGACCCAUUCUUAAAAACACUAGGGUAGAGGUGCUAAGUUGGGGAUUGAGACAUCUCAAGUUCUGGGCCAAGAAACCUAUAGACAACCCCUUGCUGGAGAUUGAGUGCGGAGGGGCUAUGCUAACAUUACCUAAGAUUCCUGAUCUUGUUAAUCUGCCUAACUUCCCUCAAACUUCACACUAUUUUGACGUGCUGCUCCCCCAAGGAUUCACAUACAAGCCACCAAUAAACAUCAGACUACUGGAUCAGAGAGCUAACGGUUUCUCACCACUUGUGGGAAAGUAUGUACUUAAGUCGUUCUCUCAGUACGACCCGGAGUAUCUGAAGAAGAAGUUAGCAGCCGCUGAACUGGAGGGAAGUUCCACUACUGAGGAAUCAGAAGGAACCCCCGAGAACGCAGAGUCGAUAUCAGUAACGGAAACAGAGACAGUGAUAGUGAUAGAGGAGGAGGAAGAAGAGGGCUGCUGCAACUGCUGCUGCUUCGCUACCAAGAAACCUCUAGCUCCACCGGGCCCUAUCCCUAUAAUAGACGAAUCAGAUGAUUGGGAGUUUCUGUCCAUGUACUGGUGGUCCCGGUACUACGCCAUGCAGGGCAACAAGCUCAUCUACAAAACUUUCAAGAAACACGAGCUGCCUCUAUUGGUGGUUUACGAGAAGGAGAUCGAACUUUACUUCAACAACUUCAGUGAUUCUAUUCAGCAGUUCAACAUGUUGAGAACGGAGAAGCUGGGUGGGGAUCCUGACGAGGAUGAGGACGAUGAAAAGGAUCCUUACACCGGAAUGUACAAGGGAUCGUUCAGAAUAUACGAGCUAUCUAACGAUGGCGACGACAGGGAUUUGAUUUAUGGUUCUGUCCCGACCGCGGGAAGUAUUCGCAUAUCCGUCCGACUGUACGCUCUACAAGCGAUAGGACUAGCUACACCAUCUAGACUCAAGGAUAAAACAUGUGACCCCUUUAUAUCUGUGACUCUCGGUCCUAAAACUAUUGCUGAUACCACCAGUUUGAUGAAGAGGAAUAGGAACCCAAGAUUCUGCAAGAUCUACAACAUGGACACGUAUAUACCGAACUAUCCUGAGCUGCAGGUGGCUAUCAUUGACUCUGAAUCAACUGAUGAAGGCAGGGACGCCCUGAUAGGUCAGACUAAGGUGGAUCUGGAGGACAGGUUCCUCUCUAUCAAACGUCCGAUCUGUGGGCUAACUGAACGAUAUAUGAUUUCUGGACCACACAAGUGGAGAGACUUCAUGUUGCCCACUCAGAUUCUAGAUGAGUUCUGUACAGCUAACACUAUCCCCCUGCCAUCCUAUGCUGAAGAUGGAACCAACUGUGUAAUCAAUGACGAAAUGUACACCAUAUCAGAGUUUGAGAAACACAAGGAGAAUUUUGAGGAUACAGCAAUAUGGGGACCCUUAAAAGAGAGGACAGCCCUGUAUGUGCUGCUAGAGUUGGGCCUGGUAAGAGACUACGCUGAGAAGAGAAAACUUAUCAACCCUGUCAUGCCUGGAGUACCGCAGGGAAAAAUGUUGAUGUUUACAGACAUAUUCCCUUACAUGCUGAGUCCCCCUGAACCUAUGAACAUAGACCCUCCUCUCCCCGUUGAUAUGGAGCUUCGACUGAUCGUGUUUGAUGUCACUGAUGUUGAAACGGUUGAGGAGGUGCCCCCUCUAAAGCCUGACUCGGACACUCUCCACGAUCUUAUGAUUAGAGGCCAGUUUGCUGGAGACCCAGAAGCACAAGUUUCAGAAAUACAUCCCUCAGCGGUGAACGGCAACGGAGCUUUCAACUGGAGGUUCCUCUUUAGGUUCGGAUACGCUUUCCUGGACAGGAAGAGAUGCAUUCCUGGAGAGAUAGAAGAUCAACUGUUGGAUCCCAUUCUGACUAUAAGUGUAGUGGAUGGAGACCCCUCAGUUGCCCCGGAGCCGUACGCUUUUCUUCACUUGGACCUCACAUAUUUACCUCGUGGUCAGCCUAAAGAGGAGUGGGGCGUCAUGGAAAUGAUACCUGGCUAUGAAGAGCCUCCCCCUCCCACCCCGGACCCUUUUGCAGAAGAGGAAGAAGGUGAAGAGGAAGAGCCACCUCCCAGACCGCCCAAGAUUCAAUACCUCAAUCUUUUCAAGAAGAAAAAAUCUCAAGGUUGGUGGCCAAUGUACAAGAAGAUAGACGGCUUCCUGUACAAGACAGGUAGGAUAAAGCUGGAGAUAGAGGUCAUGACAAAACCGCAAGCUGAACAAAGACCAGCUGGUUUCGGCCGAGCCGACCCUAACGAGAACCCUGAAAUUGACGAGCCCAUUCGAGUUUCCACCGAGUUUCCAGAGAUCGACGUGAAAGUUAAAACAGUCAAGUUCGUCUGGAAAUCACCCAACAAACCCAAGAUGAUAUUGGCGGGUAUCGCACAGCUGUUAGGCGUCGUGUCCUUCUCUAUCAUCUAUAAUCUACCUUCUGCUCUGUUAUCCUACCUUAUCUCAUACAUUGGAUAAGCCACACCUGAUAUCAGCAAGUUACAACAGCAACCUUCUUCAUGUUUCCAUGCCUGCAAUAAUCAGCUAGAAGAUUCCCGAAACCUCGACCUUAUCGUGCAAAUGGGCUGGACUCUGGAUCGAGAAUGAGAGCUGGACUCUUUAGAAUUCAUUAGAUUCCAUGUCCACACUUUAGAAAGACUCUUAAAGAAGGGUCUUCAAGAACCCCCCUUAUCUGGCUCCCACGGAGAUUAGAUCACGUCAAAUAAUCAGUGACGCUUAAAUAAUGAUGUCAUUGCUUUGAUUUUAGCUAAAUCUUUAAAUGACAUAGAAACUGAUAUUGAGUCCCUCGUUCAAGUAGGUCAGCAAAGCAAAGACUUUUCAACAGCACUUGCUGGUCAAGCUGCAAAAUGUAAUUGCUUUGUUGUCCGCUUUGUUUUAAAACCUCAAUUGAUACCUUCAUGUGGGGUAUUAUUGGACGGGACCAUAAGUUCGCCGCAUAAAAAGACUGUUGCCUUAUUGGCAACAGUUUUAUAUUGUUGUUUUACCGUCACAAUUAUUCUGAACAUGUGUAUUUUCUUGUUUUAGCUUCGC